AGGGUUUUAAUCAAACAGGAAAAGAGAAAGCAAAAGGAAUAUUUUGAAAAGAAAAAGUUAAAAUCAAAAAUGGAGUUACUGGAAGUUUUAUCACCUGCUAAAAAUUCCACUGUCAGUUUAGACCUUCUAAACCUGUAUAUAGUAAAUCAGAUAUCAUGCAAGAAGAAAACGUCUGAAACUGUGAGAAAACCAAUCCAUGUGAACAUGAACAGGGACAUAAAAAUGCCCCUAAGAAAGCAUGAUGUAGAACUUACAAUGUCACCUAACUGUGUUCCAUCUAAACUAUGCAUUGAUGAUACCGACGACAACAAUAUACACUAUCAGAGACUAGGCAGCAAGGAAGAACUUGGCUCAGUUCAAUCACAAGUCAUGGACUCAUGUAGCGUGUUUGAACCUCGGGUCAACAGAACAGAAAACUAUAGAUUCUCUUCACCAUCUUUUUCAGCAAAAUUGUCUUCUAACAGUUAUAUUCCAAAACAAAAUUUUGCUCCCCAGAUAAUACCUAGUCCUUGGAAAAUUACAUAUGAAAGAAAGCAAAAUGAGCAGAAUAUCAUUGACAGUAUAGUAAUUGAAAAUAGUUUCAAGCAUUUUAUGGUAGUUGGUAAUAAGUGUAAUUCUUUUCCAGGAAAUGGGAAUCCUCUUACUGAAAGACCUGCUAUAAUUAUGAGUGAAGAUUGUGGAAGCAUGAAUGAAAGAAGAGAGUCGGACUUCAUUACUGAAAAACAAAUAGUACAACCUUUAUGGGGAGAAAGCAGAAGAGCGAUUUUAAAUUGUUUUGAAGAUGUGAACCAGCCCAUCCCUAACAUUCUAUCAGAGAAUUGUGACUCUCUCAUUGGUCAAAAUAUGAUCAAUCUAUUAAACUUCGAUCAACAGAGGAUAAAAGAAAACAAUGACGAAUACAGCUUUGACACAAUGGGAAAUAUUUGUGCAAUUACUAGUUCUAAUAAAAACUGUUCUACUGAUAGGUGUAUUAGGAGUAUUUUUACAGUUCCAGAGUUGACUUUUAUUAAUUCUGCUUUAAAUAAAACAAACUUCCCUGAAAAGUUUCAGCCAAAGAAAAACUAUAAGAAAGAGUACAACAAUAAUGAAAGAAAUAAUUUUAGUACCUCUUCUGAGAAGUAUUGUUACCUAGCCAGCUCUGAAAAAACAGGAAAAUAUGAAAAUAGUUACCAAGAGAAGAUACCACUGAAAAAAAUGCAGAAAUACCCAGUGAACAAUAUGGGUAAUAUCCCUUUGGAAGAAUUGCAGUGUGAGCAAUCAUGGGACAUUGGAUUUGGUGAGGUUUUGAUGGAAGAAAGAGGAACAUGUUCUUUAAAAGACAGGCCAACAUCUACUAAGAAAAUCUACUUUGAUUCUUCACAGAGCACUCAGUCUACUUACUCUCCAAGGCAAACAGACAGUUGUUUCAGUUCUAGUUCAGAGAUGCCAUCUGAAGAUGAAGAUCAAGUAUUACAGCAACAUGAAGAGUCAAAGAGAAGAUUCAUUAAAACCAAAGAAAGAAAUAAUAAUGUUUAUAUAAACAGGAUGUCAAGACUUCCAGAUGAUAAGAUUGUUAAAAACACUGCCAAAAUUCAUAAACAGAAUGAGAAUUCUCACCAGUUCUUGAUGAAAAAUAAUAGAAUUCAGUUUCCACAGUCUCAGUGUAACUCAGCAUACAUAUUCCAAAACAAAACUAAUAGUAACUACCUUCUGCAAUUUGCAAAAUGUGAUGCAUGGGUACAAACCGAGAGUGAAUAUGCACUAGAAGAAAAAUUAGAUGCUGCCAUACAGUGUGAAAUAAUUUCAAAAUGUAAAUGUAGAAGUGAUAUGUCUUCUCUUUGCAGUGUUGAAAGCUGCAGCAAAAAUAUUAAGGCAGAUACCACUGGAGGGCAGGACAUCCUUGAGAACAACUAA